UUUUCUUUCUCCAAAAUCUGUCGCAAAAAAAUUUACUAUAUUUUUUAUCCAAAAAUGACUCAAGUCCCUUUGUUACCCCGAGAAUCUGGCGAAUUUAUAGUAAAAAAUGCCCAAUACAUUAAAAUAAAACCAGAAGGCAUUGAAAAUCUCACCAAAGAAAUAAUAAAAGGUAUACAGGAAAAACGCAUCGAUGUAAACAACUUUUCGCAACACGAUCUGCAUCCCAAACCAACAGAUGAUUUUGCAUUGGAAUGGAUUUUUGUGGUGGACACUUUGAACUUUUGCUUCUGGACACCCGCGGACUAUACCAAAUACAAGGUAAUGGGCCAUACCGGUUAUUUUGCUUUGUGUGCAGCCCUUAAUCGAGCUAUGAAGGAAGGUUUGGACAUUACAAAUGCAGAAUAUUAUAGUAAAAUAACAUUGGAAACUGUUAAGCAUAUCUUUCGUUCGGAUGAUGGCGAAACAAUGGUGCCUUUGUUAGAAAAACGUCUGCAAUGUUUUCAUGAAGUGGGCAACAGGCUAUUGGAAAAGUGGCAGGGAAAAUUUGAAAAUGUUGUUAAAGCUGCAGAAGGUUCAGCUUUAAAUUUAUUAAAAUUAAUUGUUCAAGAAUUUCCGUGCUUUAGAGAUGAAGCGGAUUUUUGCGGUCAACGUGUAUCGAUUUAUAAAAGGGCUCAGAUUUUGGUGGGAGAUGUAUGGGCCUGCUUUAGGGGUGAAGGUAUGGGAUCUUUUAAGGAUUUGUAUCACAUUACCAUGUUUGCCGACUAUCGGGUACCUCAGGUAUUGGUACACUUUGGUUCCUUGGAAUAUAAUGAAGAGUUAGCAAAAGUCUUAAAAUCCGACCAGCUGCUUAAGAAUGGAGAUCCCAUGGAAGUGGAAAUAAGAGGUGCCUCCAUUUAUAUAGUAGAACAAGUUAAGGAUAAAGUUCUACAAGAAUUAAAAGAAAAACAUCCAGCUGUUUCCAAAGAUCAUGUAAAUUCCAUUUUAAUUGAUCAUUUCCUAUGGGACUAUAGACGCCAACAUGCCAGUGAACUGGAAUAUAUACCAUUCCAUAAAGUUUUAAGUGUCUACUAUUAAGAUAAACUGAAUUGAUUUGUAAUAAAAGUUUGUUUUAUGUUUGUUUACAAAAA